CCGUUCUAAGAUGUCUGAAGCUACCAAAAGGAAGAUAGUGACGCAGGAGGUGGUACAUGGAGACGUUACACUCUGCAAAAAUCAGAACAUCGUCAAGGUGUUGGAAAGUAAAGGUAACAACCUGUUCUUAAUAGAGGAGGAGACAGGUCACGUGACAUUGUGUAGUAUGCCUCCAAAGUUCAGGAAGAAUGUCUGGAUCAAGCGAGGAGACUACCUGAUAGUGGAGAGUAUAAAGGAAGGUAAGAAGGUUACGUGCGAGAUGGUCAACAUCCUCUACCCACCCCAGAUAAAGGACCUCAAAUCAGAUAAUGUGUGGCCCCAACACUUCCACUCCGAGACCGAGGAUGUUAAUAAAGAUGUUAAUAAAGAUGUUAAAGAUAGCAACAAGGAUUUCACGGAGUACAGGAACAGUAAGCCGGCUAUCAGUGACUCAGGGUCGGAUUCAGAUGACAGUUUAGAGGGGAAUGUAAAUCAGUUGAGCAGACCUGUGGUGUAUCUCUCAUCUGACUCCGAGUCGGAAGAUGAUUGAGCUUUUGCAGUUCCGUGUGUGAGACUUUCACAUUUUUACUGUUCGGGUCGUUGAAUGUAAUUUGGGAAAUGAAGCUGAUUGGUGGAUUGGAAAUUGUGGAAACUAAGUCGUUAUUCGUACUAAGCUUUACUUUUAACUAACUUAUUGACUAAGUCUACGUUCUCUUGUGAAUCGAUUUGAUUAUAGUUUAUUUUCGAGUUUUAACACA